AUGGCAGACACGGAGUCGCAUGUUCGACCCCAGCAUAUGGGCGACAAAUAUGGGCCAAAACUCGUUGAUAAGGCCGAGCGAUUGCAAAAUCAAGCUGUCGCAAUGGGUGUUGGUUCGCAGUCCGGCUCUGAGCCUGCGGGGGGGUUCGAUAGCACACCACUCCCCCAGGCGCCGCCAGGCUAUACAAUCAAGGUGACAUUCCAUCGAGGCGUUAACUUGCCAUGCGCCGACUUCGGCUCCUUCUCCUCGGAUCCUUAUAUACAUGCGACCUUGUCUGUUGAUGUGCCCCAGCGACAUAAGCAAGAUCCUCUCCCUUCUUUCCGCACACCGACAGUGCGCAAGAAUCGCGACCCAGUCUGGGAGAAGGAAUGGAUAAUCGCCAAUGUCCCCGAGUCUGGGUUUCGCCUCAAAUGUCGAGUUUACGAUGAGGAUGCCGCAGACCAUGACGACAAGUUAGGCAAUGCCUAUAUACAGGUUGAUUCAAUAAGCGCGCAAUGGCCUGGAAUUCGACAACAGCCUUUUCGAUUGAGGAAGCACACGGGGAGCAAGAGAGUUUAUCUAUUUGGUAACAUUGCCGCCAUUGCCUCGAGGCGCCUUCAGACGGAAUCACAUUUAGUAGUCAGUGUUGUCAGUCUGGGAAAGACACCCGGCAUCGACGGGGCACAGGUGUAUACUGUGGGCCCAAAUUAUUGGUUUAAGCACUUCUCACCUCUGAUCGGGAGGCUCGUGGGGACAAAGGACGCCAUUCAGAGUGAGGAUGGAAGAAAAACAAUCAAUCGAUACAAUUUCCAGGCUGUACAAAUCCAGUUAACAGGACCAGUGCCCAAGGAAUUGUACCACAGAUAUGUGGAAUUCAAGCCCUUCGUCGCAGGGAUGUUCACGUCACAUACAUUGCGAGGGCGAAUACUUAACAGAGCGCUCCAUCACCAGCAUGAGAGGAUCUAUAAUUUUGACCGGGCGACAUUAGACGGCCAAUUUGAUAAGCCAUGUUUGGAGCUUACACGGCAAUUCCUUGGGUUUGUCGAAUACGCGCAGGGAGGCAGGAUCUUUACAUAUGUCCUCACCCUGGACGGUCAAUUCCGUUUCACUGAAACAGGCAAGCAGUUUGGUAUCGACCUUUUGAGUAAGCAUACGAUGCACAGCAACGUAUCUGUCUAUAUCGCCUACUCGGGGGAGUUUUUCAUCCGACGGCGCAAGCAUCACCACCAUCGAAUGCAGUCUUUGGUGUCGAAUCGUUCAUCUACCGAGUAUGUCAUGGACCAUGAUGGCGAGGAGAGGGAGGUAUCGACGGACCCCGAUAAAUAUGAGCUCUUUAUAGACAACGACAGCGGUACCUACAGGCCGAACGCCAAAUACUUGUACCUUCUGAAAGAAUUUUUCUCCUCUAACUUCCCUGGACUUCACAUUACGACCCUGGACUGUCAAGCCGAUGCGGAGCGGAUGCAGCAACUCAAAAGUGAACAGAGAGAACAGAAAAACAGCGCAGGUGGCCAGAUGGCUUUCCUUCAGCAACGAAGCAGGUCUUCAUCUUCUUUGUCUAUAUCAAGUUCCGACGAAGACGAGUUGAACGAGCGCAGCGGCCUGGAACAGAAAAAGAGGGGAGACUUUGCUAAAAGAGUGCACGAGAUGCGGGAUGUCAAGGGGCAGGUACUGAAGUGGGCACAGGCAGAUGAAGACGUACAGCCCGAUUUUGGGAAUAAAGCGACCACGGCCGAGUCAUCACACCCUUCUGAGGGAACGGCCGAGGGCAGGAUCGGGGUCAGGGAGGAAUAG